AUGUCCAGAGGUCGUAGCAUAAAAAAGUCUCUUACACCUCAAAUUUCUUAUUCGACAAGUGAAUCUUAUGAACAGCUGGAUUUUUUGCCUGACAAACUAAGAGCAAAGCUGCUUCCUUUCCAGAAAGAUGGCAUCACUUUUGCCCUGAGAAGAGAUGGCAGGUGUAUGGUGGCUGAUGAAAUGGGUUUAGGAAAGACAGUUCAGGCAAUUGGCAUCGCUUACUUCUAUAAGGAGGAAUGGCCUCUUUUAGUAGUGGUCCCUUCAUCUCUGAGGUAUCCUUGGACUGAAGAAAUAGAGAAGUGGAUCCCGGAGCUGAGUCCUGAAGAAAUCAAUGUUAUCCAGAAUAAAACUGAUGUUGGGAGAAUAUCAACCAGCAAAGUGACAGUUCUGGGUUAUGGCCUCUUAACCACAGAUGCGGAGACUCUGAUAGAUGCACUGAAUAAUCAGAACUUCAAAGUAGUUAUUGUAGAUGAAUCGCACUACAUGAAGUCCAGAAGUGCAACUCGCAGCCGGAUUUUAUUGCCAAUAGUACAGAAAGCCAAACGAGCCAUUCUGCUUACAGGAACUCCAGCAUUGGGAAGACCCGAAGAGCUUUUCAUGCAGAUUGAAGCUCUCUUUCCACAAAAAUUUGGAACAUGGACUGAGUAUGCCAAAAGAUACUGUAACGCACAUGUCAGAUAUUUUGGUAAAAGACCUCAGUGGGAUUGCAGAGGGGCAUCAAAUCUUAAUGAACUUCAUCAGCUAUUAAGUGACAUAAUGAUUAGAAGAUUAAAGGCUGAAGUUUUAACCCAGCUGCCCCCUAAAAUCAGACAGCGUAUUCCAUUUGAUCUUCCAUCAGCAGCAGCCAAGGAAUUGAAUUCCAGCUUUGAAGAGUGGGAAAAAUUAAUGAGAGCUCCAUAUUCAGGUGCCACCGAGACUGUCAUGGGGUUGAUUACUCGCAUGUUUAAACAAACUGCUAUUGCCAAGGCAGGUGCUGUAAAGGAUUAUAUUAAGAUGAUGCUUCAGAAUGAUUCACUUAAAUUUCUGGUUUUUGCUCACCAUUUAAGCAUGCUCCAAGCUUGCACAGAAGCCGUUAUAGAAAACAAGACUCGUUACAUCAGGAUAGAUGGAAGUGUUCCGUCUUCAGAAAGAAUACAUCUGGUUAAUCAGUUUCAAAAGGACCCUGAGACUCGAGUGGCUAUCCUCAGCAUUCAGGCUGCUGGUCAGGGUCUGACAUUUACUGCUGCAACUCAUGUUGUGUUUGCUGAGUUGUACUGGGACCCUGGACAUAUAAAACAAGCAGAAGACCGUGCUCACCGGAUUGGACAGUGCAGUUCUGUGAAUAUUCACUACCUUAUUGCAAAUGGAACUCUAGACACCCUUAUGUGGGGAAUGUUGAAUCGCAAGGCUCAGGUUACAGGAAGCACACUGAAUGGGAGGAAGGAAAAACUUCAGGCCGAGGAGGGUGAUAAGGAAAAAUGGGAUUUCCUGCAGUUUGCUGAAGCUUGGACUCCAAAUGAAAGGUCUGAAGAGCUCAGGGAUGAAAUGUUGUUCACUCGUUUUGAAAAAGAAAAACAGCAUGAUAUUCGAUCAUUCUUUCUACCAAACGCUAAGAAAAGACAGUUGGAGACCUCCUGUGAUGAAUCAAGGGUAUCCCAGGAGAAAAAUACUAUAGUGCCAGCAGACCCUGGAAAAACAGCUACAAGAGGUGAUGAAAGUGAUCUUGAACCUGAAGCUAAAAAACUGAAAUCGGUCGCCAUUGAUGACCCUUGCAGGCCCCCCAAGGAGAAACCCUGCCGGCCUGGGCAGGCCGAAGCUCGGCUCGCGGUCGGGGCCUGCGAGGCCAAAGCCCAGGCCACUAGCCCAGCCCUUCGUGGUGAGGGCUGGCAGUGUGCUUUCUGCACCUACAUCAAUAACUCAGUGUUACCCUACUGUGAAAUGUGUGAGAAUCCGCGGGGCGGUGCUGAUAGCCUCAGCCACACCCAGAAUAAAAACAAAAAUGAGAAAGAUGAUUCUCAGGACAUCUCCAAAAAUAUUCAGACUAGUUCUGAUGGGGAGAAACAAGUCCUGGCACAUUCAGCACCUGAACCGUUAGCUGAGAGCAAGGAAGAAAUUUCAACAACUGAGAGUGAAGACAGACUCACCCCCCAGCCAAGUGAUGAACAGUUGAAGAACUGGCCAGUGUAUGAUACCCUGAUGUUUUGUGCAAGUAAGAAUACUGACCGGAUUCACAUCUAUACUAAGGAUGGAAACCAGAUGAACUGUAAUUUCAUUCCUUUGGAUAUAAAAUUAGACCUGUGGGAAGAUUUACCAGCAAGCUUUCAGCUGAAACAAAAUCGCUCCCUGAUCUUGAGGUUUGUUCGAGAAUGGAGUAGUCUAACUGCCAUGAAGCAGAAGAUAAUCAGGAAAAGCGGGCAGCUGUUCCGCAGCCCAGCUCUGGCUCUGGAAGAGAUCGCAAAGCAGCAAACCAAACAAAACAGCACCAAGAGAUAUAUAACGAAAGAAGAUGUUGCUGCAGCCUCGAUGGACAAGGUGAAGAAUGACGGGGGGCAUGUCCGACUGAUCACAAAGGGGCCCAGGCCAGGGGACCCUUCUACAAAAGAAUUUCUUGAAGGUGGAGAAUGUGUCCCAUUUCUAAAUCCCUGCACGGCCCAAGGUGAUCUCAUUCUGAAGGCUUCUACAUUCAAAGGCUAUUUGCAGGCUGUGGAUAACGAAGGAAAUCCACUUUGCCUUCGCUGUCAGCAACCCACUUGCCAAACUAAGCAAGAGUGUAAAGCAGAUGCUUGGGAUUCACGGUUCUGUUCUCUGAAAUGUCAGGAGGAGUUUUGGAUUCGAUCUAAUAAUAGUUACCUGCGAGCCAAAGUAUUUGAAAUUGAACAUGGUGUGUGUCAGCUGUGUAAUCUGAACGCACAAGAACUCUUUUUACGUCUGAGAGAUGCCCCUAAAAGUCAGAGGAAGAGUCUUCUGGAUGCUGCCUGGGCCUCAAAGCUCCCGUUAGAACAGCUUAAUGAAAUGAUAAGAAACCCAGGGGAAGGGCAUUUCUGGCAGGUGGACCACAUCAAGCCUGUGUCUGGUGGAGGAGGGCAGUGCUCCCUGGACAACCUGCAGACCCUCUGCACAGUCUGCCACAGAGAGAGAACUGCCCAACAAGCCAAGGAAAGAAGCCAGGUGAGAAGACAAUCUCUAGCAUCAAAGCAUGGAUCAGACAUCACACGAUUUUUGGUAAAGAAAUGA